AUGUCUGUGGGCUUUGGAGCAGGAGAGGGUCAGUUGAAAGUGGGGCAGCAGACACAACAUGUUUUGGCUACAGGAUGUAGGAUAGAGUCAGUGACUUCUCCUUCAGCUUCAACACUGAAUGUGAUAUGGAGCAGCUACAGUGGAGCUACGGUAUAUUGUCUGGACCUGAGGGUUGUGAACUCCACCAGCAUCGCCCCAGUGGUGGUGAUGCAGGAUGCACCCAGCACAAAGAGGCUGAUUCAGGGUUUGAAACCCGGACAUGACUAUAUAGUCACACUGAAGGUCUUCCAAUACACCAAUGUGGUGUGCACACACUUUGAAACCACUAAGACAGUGGUACAGCCACCAACAGGAGUGUCCAUAAAUACGACGGGGAAGAGCACAGCUCGAGUGACGUGGAACACUGUUAGUAGAGUCUUGCUUUAUCAAGUGGCCGUGAGUGACAACGACAAGCCCAACGAUCAGCCAGUCAUCAGAAACACCACAACAACCACCAUGGACAUCAGUGAUCUGGAGCCCUGUUCCAGAUACACAGUGGGAGUAUCAUCACUCAACGGCUUCUUGGUUCCUGGGGAGCCCUCUGCUGUUACAUACAACACCUCUACUAUUAACCCGGUGACGACAGUCUCAGCUGAGUACAGCUGCACGAGCGGCUUGGUGACAGUAACUUGGGAUUUGGUAUUCGGGGCCAACUUGUACAGGGCAACGGCCACUGAUGGCACUGGUGCGACCCUUAACUGCACAUCGGCCUCCACAAGCUGCCACAUCACCAUGCUCAAAUGUGGUGAGGAGUACCAGGUCCAUGUAACAGCCAUCUCAGACGACUGUGAGAGCAUCUCCAACGUCCAUUCCCUGUUCGAGACAGUCUCCUGUGCUCCUGCUAAUCCCGAGACAAGUCACGAUUGUUCGAGCAAUGUGAUCAUCUUUAGCUGGCAGCCCACCAACAACACCCGCUACUAUGUGGCAACGGCUGUGGACAAAAGUGGCAAAAUAACUGAAUGCAGGACGGCAGACAGCAAGUGUUUAUUCACUAAUACUGGCUGUGCAGGAGCUCUCUCUUACACUGUAGAAGCACAGGGGAACACUGAAGAAACCUACAACUGCACUUCCUCCAACAACAGCUGUGCGAUAACGGGAGUUCCAUGUGGUGAACAUCUCAGUGUGUGGAUCGUUGCCUCCAAUGACAACUGCUCCACUGAAAGGGUACUGGGAGACGUUGCUCAGACUGUUCCCUGCAAGCCAAUUAAUGCGUCAGUGACAGUUGACUGCAGCCAAGACUCUGCUAGAGUUAACUGGAUAACGAACAUUGGUGUUAUAUUCUACGUUGCCGUCGCUGAGGAUGACAAUGGGAAUGUGCAGAGUUGCAAUUCAAUCGGCACCAACUGCUUGAUCGAAGACCUGAGAUGCGGACAGAAUUACACUGCCAGCGUUAUCGGCACCAACAUAAAGUGCAACAGCAGCUCCAGUAACCAAGUUAGCUUUAUGACAGCUCCUUGUCCUCCAACAAAUAUUGAGGCGUUCAGAGACUGUGAUGCCAACCAUUUUCUGAUAGUGUGGCAGAACCAUAAGCCCACAGGCCUCUACACAGCAACCAUAGUGGAUAAGAGCGGGGAUCAGCUCAACUGCACCAGCAACACGGUCAACUACUGUAAAAUCGGCUCUCUGCCCUGUGGAAGGACAUACAACGUCACCGUCACCUACGAUAAUGGAAACUGUCAGUCCACCUCGACACAAAUCACCAUGGACUCAGUGCCAUGUGGUCCUGAGGAUGUGAUGGCCAGUGUGGCCUGUGUUACCGGCGAGCUGACGGUCACCUGGAACAUCUCAGUUCCUACAGUAAACUACACCACCAUCAUCUCCAGAGGAAUGGGUCAGCCUCUGUACUGUAACUCUACAGAGACCCAGUGCAUCACAGAAGGGUUGAUGUGUGGAAGCAUCUACUCUGUGAUCGCCUUCUCUGUCACCGGGACAUGCUUCAGUCUGCCCAGCGCAGAGGUCACAGUGCAUACAUUGCCGUGUCCUCCCACAAACGUCACAGCCAUGCACACAUGUGCUUCGGAUCCUGUUCCUGUGUCAUGGGUGGCCAGUGACAGCGCCAAAUACUACACUGCUGUCGCUGUGAGUGGCGGGAGUCACAGGUCACAGUGCAUGACCAACAACACUUCCUGCAGCCUCCCUGGACUCCUGUGUGGGGAGGUUUACACUAUUGGUGUGUCAGGAGUUGAUGACAACUGCACAGGUCAACUGAGUGACACUGUCUCUUUAAACACAGAGCCAUGUUCUCCUUCUAAUGUAUCCAGUCAGCGGAUGUGUAGCGCUGCCACUGCGCAGGUAUCCUGGCCACCUAGUGCCAACGCAGUGAACUAUACCCUGGAAGCCAUCAGCAGCGUACAGAACCUCACCUGCAGCAGCUCCAGCCCAAACUGCACCCUGAGUAACCUGGUCUGUGGACAGGCCUACGACAUCCUUGUCACUGCCACUGAUGGCACAUGCGUGAGCAACUACAGUGCCCCCUUCAGACAAAACCCAGUACCAUGCCCUCCAGAGGACUUCAGUACAAGCCUGAUGUGUGGCACGAAUGAUGCAACGGUCAGCUGGAACAUUUCUUCGGCUGUGCCCCUCAACUACAGUGUCGCUGCUGUGCCUCUGGUUGAAAAUAUCAGUUCAGUCUUAUGCCAAACUAGCAGUGGCAGCUGUAGGCUGAUCGGUCUUCAGUGUGGAGAGACUUAUAAUGUGUCUGUCAAAGCUUCCUCUGGCAACUGCAGUGGACAAUUUAGCCCCCCACAGACUGUUGAGACAGCACCCUGCCCCCCUCAGAGUUUAACAGCAGUGACAGACUGUGGCACAAACUCUGUCCUGGCGUCCUGGAACGCCUCUGUUGGUGCCACCUCCUACGCAGCGACAGUGAUGGGCCCCAACGGCUUCUCUGAAACCUGCUCCUCUUCAAACCUCACAUGCUCUGUCUCCGGCCUGCAGUGUGCCAGCCAGUACAACGCUACAGUGAAAUCCCAGGGGAACUGCAGCAGCUCUCCCAGACCAUGUGACCCUAUCAAUGUGACCAGUGGCCUCCACUGCGGUUCGGAUGCAGCCACGGUGUCCUGGGAAGCUGCUGCCAGGGCCGUGGCCUACACUGUACUCGCUCGAGAGGACAGCUCUCCGCAUUAUACUUCCUGUAGGAGCAAUACGACUUCCUGUCAGCUGAACCAGCUGCAGUGCGGAAAGGUUUACAACCUGACAGUGAUUGCUGAGGAUGCCACCUGUAACAGCACUGGAAGCAUCAGUACAAUCCUGAUGACAGCUCCCUGCUCUCCCUCAAUCCAGAACAGCACCCUCAUCUGUGGCACCAAUUCUUCCUCUCUGUCAUGGACGCCGAUGGCUGAUGUCAGAAGUUACGUAGUUAAUGCGACAGCACCAAACGGGCACACAGUUUCAUGCAGCUCAGCUACUGCUAGAUGCAACCUGACAGAUCUGCUCUGCAGUCAAACCUACAUGACAACAGUCAUUGCACGAGGAAGCCAGUGCGACAGUGUACCUGGCUCAAGCACCAACAUUACCACAGCAACACAGCAGAGUUCAGUUGGACUGACCCUGUGGGACACCUCAGCUUCCUGGCUCAUGUAG